AUGGGACGAAUUUGGGCAAAUAGAGGGGGACAAAGGCCCGGGGGGCCCCGAGAGCGCCGGGCGGGACUGUGCCGCGUGCAGAGCCCGCCCCUGGCUGCAAUUGGGCGAUGGUGCCGUCAGUCGUGGUUGCGGCGCGCCGAUUGGUGGGAGCGGGGCGGAGCAGAGUCUCGGUGGUGGGCUGAGGGCGGCCGAGGCUGGGCAGCGGCGCCAUUGUCGGAGCGGCGGCGGCGGCCGGAGCGCGGUGAGUCGGCGGCGGAGCUCGGAGGCGGCCGCAGCGCAGGAUUUCCCAUUGCCAAGGCCUGGGAGGCUGCGAGGAAGAGGAAGAUGCCCCGGGACACUGAGGCAGAGCAGGAGCUGAGCAUGGAGAGCAGGGAGGACAAAUGCCCACGGCAGAACCUGGUGGAAGAGGCCGUUUUGAGCAGCUCCACGGCACAGGAAGCCAAUGGGGAGGAAAAGCCCCGGAGAUGCCGCACGAGGAGGGGCUGCAAACGCAGCCGGCGGGGAUCUGAGGGGGAAAGAGCCAGCCUGGGCCGGGAAGGCGGCCGGAGACGGAGCCAGAGCUCGGAGCUGGUGCUCCAUGAGCAGCUCCAUGAUGGGGAGAAGCCCCACACGUGCAUGGAGUGUGGGAAGAGCUUCAGCCGGAGCUCCAGCCUGAUCAUGCACCAGAGGAUCCACACUGGGGAGAAGCCCUAUGAGUGUGGGGAGUGUGGGAAGAGCUUCAGAGACAGCUCCAACCUGAUCAGCCACCAGAGGAUCCACACUGGGGAGAAGCCCUAUGAGUGUGGGGAGUGUGGGAAGAGCUUCAGAGUGGGCUCCAGCCUGAUCGUGCACCAGAGGACCCACACUGGAGAAAGGCCAUACAAGUGUUCCGAGUGUGGGAUGUGCUUCAGCCAGAGCUACAACCUGAUCACGCACCAGAGGACCCACACUGAGGACAGGCCCCAUGAGUGUUCCAAGUGUGGGAAGAGGUUUAAGACCAGCUCUGUUCUCCUCCAACACUGUCGGAUUCACAGAGAGGAGAGGCCCUUCCAAUGCCCCAACUGUGGGAAAGGAUUCACGUGCAACUCCCACCUCAUCACCCACCAGCGCAUCCACACUGGGGAGAGGCCCUACGAGUGUGAUAAAUGCAGGAAGAGGUUUCCGACCAGCUCUGGUCUCCUCCAGCACUAUCGGAUUCACACAGAGGAGAGGCCCUUCCGCUGUUCCGACUGCGGGAAGGGAUUUGAUGCCAAAUUUUGCCCCAAACAGGCAGAGUGACUGCCUAAUCAGA